AUGAAUCGACGCUCGCGCCGCAGAGGCAAGCGCGGGCGCACGAGCCCGGACCCCCCGGCGAAGCGCCGCCGCGGCCCGCUGGAGUCGAUGCCCGGCGAGCUGGAGGCCGCUACAGCUCCAGUGCCGGCGCCGGCUGCGGCUCCGCAGCCGUCCGUAGUGAUGUUCGCCGGGCUGCCGCCCGGGUGCGGAGUGAUAGAGCUAAAGUCGCGCCUGGAGGCGUACGGCCCCAUCGCGCGCACUCGCAUAGACGCCGCCGCGGCAACCGGGCACGUCACCUUCCGCUCCGCUUCCGCUGCCACGGCCGCCAUUGCCGCUUCCCUCGACCCCGAGUGCGGCAUCACCAUCGGAUCCAAGAAGGUUUUAGUUGUACAGGCAAAUGAGGCGCCAAAUAAUUCGACGAGCGUAAUUCAAUCAGAGCCGGCGGAUGCGAGUAACAAUAUUGCAAGUGAUACUUUGGCUAUCCCAAGCUCCAGAAUAGCUCCAGAAGCGAUCCACAAAGCGCGAGAAAUAGUCGCUUAUGAUGACCUGUUCUGA